AGAAGAAGAAGAAGAAGAAGAAGAAGAAGAAGAAGAAGAAGAAGAAGAAUUCACCCGCUGGAUUGACUUGACUGAUGUUCAAAUUCAGUUUUUUGUUUUGAAGGCUGCGAGCUGUGAACCAGUGGAGCCACAGGUGGAAGGACCAGCAUCCAGGAUGGCUGGAAGGAGACGAGGCCGAGGCGGCGGCGGCGGCGUCCAGCAGCAACAGGCCUCACAGAAGCAGAGAGCGGGCCCUCGCAGGGCGCUGAGGGAACCGGCUGCUUUUGCCAAGUCUUCUGGUUAUGAAUCAGACGUUCCCCAUGAAAAGCUGACGAUCGCCCAGGCACGGAGGGGAACGCCAGCUCAUCGUCCAGUGCGAGUCUACGCUGAUGGGAUCUUUGAUCUGUUCCACUCGGGACACGCUCGAGCUCUGAUGCAGGCCAAGAACGUCUUCCCCAACACUUGUCUGAUAGUGGGAGUCUGCAGUGAUGAGCUCACACACAAGCUAAAAGGCUACACAGUGAUGACGGAGGAUGAGCGCUACGAAGCCCUGAGGCACUGCCGCUACGUUGACGAGGUGGUGCGAGACGCUCCCUGGACCCUCAGCGCGGAGUUCCUCAGUAAACAUAAGAUCGACUUUGUGGCACAUGAUGACAUUCCUUACACCUCUGCUGGAUCAGAUGACGUCUACAAGCACAUCAAAGAAGCAGGGAUGUUUGUGGCCACUCAGAGGACGGAGGGCAUCUCUACAUCAGAUCUGAUCACUCGUAUUGUCCGAAACUACGACAUCUACGUCAGGCGCAACCUGCAAAGAGGCUACACAGCCCAAGAACUCAACGUCGGGUUCAUUAACGAAAAAAGAUACCGGCUCCAAAACCAGGUGGACAAAAUGAAGGAAACGGUUCGUACAGUGGAGGAAAAGUCCAAACACUUUGUCUACAGAGUCGAAGAGAAGAGCCAAGACCUCAUCCACAAGUGGGAAGAGAAGUCCAGAGAGUUCAUUGGCAACUUCCUGGAGCUUUUUGGACCAGAUGGAGCCUGGCAUGUGAUUCAGGAGAGGAGUGGUCGCAUGCUGCAGGCCCUGUCGCCCUACUCCUCGCCCCGCGGCUCACCCAGCAGCAGUCCCACCAGAGCACGCUCGCCCUCCCCUGACUCCUCCGCCUCACCCGCCUCUCUCUCGCCUCCUUCCUCUCCGUCCUCCCCCCCUUCACGCAAAAAGGGGACCCGCUCCUCUGUCAAGGCCGCCUCCACGUACAGAAGACAUGAGCAGUGAGUGCCUCCGACUGGGGUCAUUUUCACUGGUCGUCACAGACCUUUGGUCUUUAAUUUAAUGUGUAAGAAGUUUGUAAAAUAAAUUGUAAUAAAACCUAAUGUACAUAAUGUGUAUUUACUACUAAUUAAACAGCAUUUAGCUUGAAUAUUA